AACAGAGAGGUACGAACGUGCAUGGAGGUAAACAAUCCGCCAAAUUAUAUUUAUUAUAGUUAAUGUUUGGAACAGAUUGAAAGCUGGAGCACAAAGGACGCAGACGACGUCAAUGCAACAAUUGCUAGCGAGGCAAAAAUGGUGAAAUCUAUAUGCACGAAUACGCUCACCCUGACUGACUUACUUACUUACUACUUUUCUUUCUGCUACUUUGAACAGUUGAACCAGCGGUACGAUGACUUGAGUAUCGAUACCCGCAAGAAAUAUGACAAGAUCCUGCGACAAAAGGUAAGCCCGUCGCUCACAGAACCCAUCAAUCACGAUUGAUCGAAAGCUAAAUCCUGCACCAUGUUUACAGGAACGUCAAUACGACGCAAAGCUUAAGAAACUAAAAGCACGCGAGGCGGAGAAGAAAGCGGAGGAGGGUAGUAUCUCCUUGAACAGACCUAGCAAAGGCGAAGAAAACGUUAUGGCAGAGCCAACGCACCGAAGCCAUGUAGUAUCUGCGACGAGCUACGAUGUCGUACAAGACAAGCACGAGGAUGGUGGAAACCAUGAGUCUGAUCAAACGGACGAGGCUGAAAAUGUGGCCUCCAAUCCGCCAUGCCUAGAUAAGUUAAGCAGUAAGGGCGUUGUCAACGAGGUAUGUACUGGUGAAGCACUAAGUUGACUUAUGGUGUUGGCUCACGUCACUUAAUUUUGUGCAGGCAAUUCAUGCUAAACCGCGUCCAUCGAAAACACAGCUGCAGCAACAAAAGACGAAGAAGCAAGAGCCAAAGCAAACUGCCAAGUCUGUUCGGCGCACACUCGCGCCUCGAUUAAGUCUGGUGGACCAGUCUCCCCAGACAGACAACGAGUUGGCGGACCUCUCUACCUAUGGCACCAGCAGCGCUACCGGAGCACGACGUUCUCGAUUGAAAAGGCGCACGCCGGCGCAGAAAGCAGGGAAGCCAGCCACAGCGAUGAUGCAUCGCCCAAGCAGCUCGAAUGGAAGUAGAACUCCAGAACGGGCAGAUUCCGUGGACAACGCAUCGCGUAUUGCUCAACUUGAUCCUGCCGAUGAUGGAAUGCCAAGUCAAGGCUCGCUUGAUUCUCCGGUUGGCUGCGACGAGGACCCUGCGGCAUCGCGAUCUAGCAGUACAACCCUGAAGAAAAAGUCGUCUGAUGCGGAACCUGGAGCCGUCGCACGCCAAGGCGCCUCCAAGAAGCCGCUGGUGCAGAAGGUGCGUUAGCAGAGCCCGCAAUUAUCCGCUGAUGCUUACUUCCCCUGACCAUAAGAGCUAACACAUUGUAAAGCAGGUGGAUCAGCGCAGCAAAAACGCUACCAAGCGCCGCACCAAGGUCAAAGCAUCGUACCGAAAUGCCAAGACCACCAAGGUUGGCCGUAUCUCGCUCGGCCGCUCACAGGCCGCCGUGGACUGGACUGCCGCCGACUCCUUCUCGUUCGACUGAGCCGCAAACGCGACCGGUAGGCGUAGUUUGCUUCUCCAUUUUCCGCUAAUAACCGUAGUGCUUGUUCCCUUUGCUUCUGCUUGAGAUCAUCCCUUCCUCUUGCAUCCACAGAGCGCCAGUCCGCCAGCAAACCCAAGCGCACUCAAUAUGUUCGCAUCAACACUAGCCGGCGUCAACUCCUCGCCGAUUGGUGGAAAAUACCACCAAUCGUGUGUUUUAGCUCACUUUUCGCAUCCAAUGAGGAGAACAUGGUCGAAAGAGUGGCUCGAGGUCGGCGGAAUUGCAACUGACGGAGCUUCCCGUUUGGCGGUCUCCCUUGAACGAGGGGUGCACGUCCCACCCUGGUCGUCAUUGGCCAGUCAGAUCCGUCAAAAAUAGCGGAUUGGAAUCCAAUCCGCUAUUAAUCCAAUCCGCUAUUGGAAUCCAAUCCGCUAUUUUUGACGGAUCUGACUGGCCAAUGACGACCACGCGUUUGGCGGUUUCCCUUGAACGAGGGUGCAGGAAGCUCCGUCAGUUGCAAUUCCGCCGACCUCGAGCCACUGUUUCGACCAUAUUCUCCUCCAUGCUCCGCUCCGCCUCGCGGCAGCCCACGGGCAGCGCCGCCUCCGUGACCGCCAUGGUGUCCGCGCUGGGCCUGGCUAGCUUCUCCUCCGCCGCGCGCAACGCCGAGGAGCCCAAGGUGGCGCUGAGCCCCAAGGAGUUCCGCUCCUUCAAGGUGACCAAGGUGGAGGAGGUGACCCACGACACCAAGCGCCUGGUCUUCGCACUUCCCAGCAAGGAGCACGAGAUGGGCAUCACCGUGGCCAGCUGCCUCAGGGCCAAGGCUCAAGUGAACGGCAAGAACGUGAUCCACCCGUACACGCCCACCAACACCAACGCCGAGAAGGGCGAGCUCGAGCUCGUGGUGAAGGGCUAUCCGAACGGCAAGCUCAGCAAGCACAUCGUGAACCUGAAGGUGGGCGACGAGCUCGCGAUGAAGGGCCCGUUCGUCAAGUUCGAGUACAAGCCCAACCAGUACAAGAGCAUCGGCUUCCUGUGCGGUGGCUCGGGCAUCACCCCGGCCCUGCAGGUGGUCAAGGAAAUCUGCCGCAACCCGGACGACUCGACGCAGGUGGUGCUCAUCUUCUGCAACCAGACGGAGAAGGACAUCAUUCUCCGUGACGAGCUGGACGCCCUGCAGUACAUGUACCCGCAGUUCCAGGUGCACUACGUGCUGGACAAGGCCGACGCCAACUGGGAGGGCUACACGGGCUACGUGACCAAGGAGCUCAUCGAGAAGCUGCUGCCGGGCCCGUCGGACGAGAGCCUGAUCGGCGUGUGCGGCCCGCCCCCGAUGAUGGACGCUAUCUCGGGCAACAAGGCCCCGGACCGCAGCCAGGGCCUGCUCAAGGAGAUCGGCUACACCAGCAAGCAGGUGUUCAAGUUCUAAGCGACCUCAUAGCUUCGUCUAUCGGCCGAUUCCUCGAGAUGAAGGCAGCGACUGGAGCUGGCUAGCUCGUUAUUGACAUACUCACUGUCUAAGAAGUGUUCUCCCAUGCAGCAACAAAAAAUAUAGCGCAUCGGUUUAAGCUUGCAAGAUCGCUCACUUCUACUUAGAUCCAGUUGUUUUGAGACUGCUGUUUUGGUGGGAUUAGAGAAGACGAAGGACGGCGAUAAACGAAGAAGCAGCGCGAAAGAACACUGGGGGAUACAUUUGCAAAGGCACGAUGUAAAUGAGUUUAAGCCAACGUACUCAAGACUCUCACGAGUCGGUUGCCAACGCUGCGUAUGAUGUUCCCAUCGCGUUAUCAACCAACGCGGACGGAGCAUUGCGCCUGCAGUCAAUAGAAAACUUCACUUGAAACAACCAGGAAUUGCCAACUGGAAACUUACUACACUUCCGAAAGCUGAGUGGUUUCGAGGUGCCCAGUCUGGUUCAUGUAGGUGAGCUGCACAUUGCCGACGCUGUCGACGUCCAUGGCCGUGAUACCGCAGUGGUUGUAGCGCAUGCGGCCCCACGUGCCGUCCGGGUCGACGCCCAGCGCCUUGCAGAUAAACCAGCGGAUGAUGUUAGCGUGGCACACCACGACGCGGAAUCUGUCCCUGGCACGAGUCUGCGUCGAGCGCACGCCGAACGUGUUGGCGUACAGCUUUUUGUCCUCCUCGCUCAGCUCGCGCUCCUCGAUCUCGAGGUCCUGCGGAAUCAAGUGGCGGAACGUGGUGCGGUACGCCAUCUUGAGGCGAGCGCAGUCCGACACCAUGUUGUCCAGCUUCUCUCUCG